AUGAUCAAUGACACAAAGUCUGGAGUUUUUGUUGGCGAGGACGAUUUUGGGAAUAAAUUCUACGAAACUAAAGACCCUGACGAGAUUCAUAUGAGAACAAGGUGGGUCGAGUACAAGAACUUCUGGGACUACGAUGUGUCGCAUAUCGAGCCAGGCUGGCAUUACUGGUUGGCUUACGGAACAGAUACGCCUCCAUCGAAACUGAAGCCCGAAGAAAAAGCGAUUACUUAUUCAUUGAAUAAAGUUCACCACUACAACUACACGCAGACCAAAGGAGCCUUUGUGACGUACAACACUGCCAAGCCAAAAAUUGCUGAAUGGGACGCCAAAGUCACGCAACGUGUCUAG